AUGAUGAUGUCCGAUCUCCCGACAGAUUUGUUAGAGGAAAUACUUUCUAGGAUUCCGGCCACAUGUCUGAAACGAUUAACGUGCAAACGAUGGAACGCUUUAUUCAAAGAGCCAGGAUUCACCGAGAAGCACUCUCGUAAAGCUCCAAAGCAGUCUCAUGUUCUCGUGUUGAAGGAAUAUAGGCUUUGUCCAGUGAUCGUCGAUCUCAACGUUGAUCCUCCAUCUAUGGAGUUUAAAGAUGAACUUAGCCUAAAGGAUUCUCAUUCUAAUUCAGUUCAACUCGAUAUAGCUCAAGUUUCACACUGCGACGGAUACGAAAACAACAAAUCUGGCCGCAACUACAAAAUCUUGAUGUAUUGUUAUGGUUGCGGAAGAGAAAGCACGGUUGGUGGAUUUGAAAUCUAUGAGUUUAGCUCUAAUACAUGGAGAGUUGUUAAUGCUCCCAACUGGGUGAGAACAAUAUAUUCCGGCGUGACUUUAAAGGGAAAUACUUAUUGGAUUUCUGUCGAUGAUGACGGAGACAACUUACUCAGUUUUGAUUUUACAGGAGAGAUAUUUGGGCUUCCCCCAGCUCAAAACCGUGGUUCUACCGCUCUAUCAGUUGUUCGAGAGGAAAAACUCUCAGUUUUAUAUUACUGUUUUGGCACUCCGGGUUGUGUGUGUUACAUGAUGUGGGUGAGCAAUAAUCUUAAUACUGAAGCAGACUUGUCAUGGAGCAAAUCCUUUGAAGUGAACUUAGUAAGUUCCUUACAGAUUGGUACUGGUUAUCCUCCUUCCGCGAGUCUUUUAAUCAACGAGGAGAAGAAAGUGGCUUUGUGUUGUAAUUCACAUAAGUGGACCGUGCGGAACGCGCUCCGAGCUGUGAAGAAGCCUUCUGAUAUGUCCUAG